CUACUGAAAAUCGCGGCUGGGAAAGAUGGGAGGAAGGCCACACGAUUCUUUCUGUACGGCCAUAUCUCGUUCACAGCCGCUCCGCAAAGCCUCGUCGCGGGUCUGAUUCUGGCCCAUCCGCCGCACCCUACGCCGGCGAUAGUUUCCGUCGCCAAUGGCCGCCGCCGCCGCCGUCGCUGCCGCACCGCCGAAACCCCUCCCAUUCCUCAAAAGCUGCUGCAGCAGCACCACCACCGCCACCCUCACCACCCGGUCCUCACUUCCUCGCCUAGCUACACGGCGGUCGACCGCAACCUCCUAUUCCUGCGCCGACCGUCGCGUUCCUGCGGUCGCGCCCGCCCCUCGUCCUGGUGGUGCCUACAGGGCUCAGUCCCUCCGUUCCCUUCUCCCGCCCCGCGCGACCGCCUCGCCCUCCGCUGCGGCAGCGGCAGAAGGUAUGUCUGACCCGGAGCUCAGGCUGGUGCUCGAGCUCGCCACCGACGAGGAGCUGAUGGAGUUCGAGGAGAUCCUCUACGGUACCAGCUAUUUUAGUCCAUUGCUAAAAUCAAUUGCAAAAAGACCGAUCUCAGAUUCUGUUGUUUUGGAUGACAUCGAGGAGAGAGAUAUUUUCAUCUCAAAAUUAGAGUCGAGGUUCCUGUAUCUUGCUGCAGAUGCCCGCUCAAUUAUAAGGGGAUGGAGGCCGUCAUACAGAAAUGUUUUGCUUGGUGUAAGAAGAAAACUUGGUGUUCAGUGCUCUAGCAAAUUGUGUACUGCAGACCUUGAGGCAGAAAUUUUUCUUCACCUCGUGAAUGAAUAUUCAAGCCAUCAGAAAGUCCCAGUUUCAUUUCCAAGGGAUAAACAGAAAUCUUCGAAAGAAAUGUCUAGCCUUGGAGUAAACAAGUGGAAGGUGCUUACCGAUGCUGCUUGGAGGAUUGGAGCAAAGGGACUGAAAAGUACAUUCUUAAAGGGUGGUAGUGCAUUGACUGUGAAAACGAUAUACGAAUCGUUAGCCAAUAGACUGUCUGGAAAGCUGCUGAUGGAGUCUGCUAAUUAUGAGAUAAAGAAAGAACUUGUUAAGCAGGGUGGACGGUUGGCUGCUGUUAACCUGGAGUCUAGAGCUAGCUUGCUUGCAGCUAGGCAGGGUUUGGCUCGUGCAGCAUCAAGAUAUGUUGGACUUAGGAGUGUCAUGACGUUUCUUGGACCAAUAAUGUGGGGGACACUCGUGGCUGAUAUUGUGAUUCAGAUGCUGGGGACGGAUUAUGCUAGGAUUGUGCAGGCAAUAUAUGCAUUUGCUCAGAUCCGUCUGACUCGAACAAGUUAUAUAGAACCUCAUGAAGAAUGACCAGAGUGCAAUCGUUACUGGGCAAGCCUAACUGGUAUUCUGAUCUCACAGAUUAUUACUGCCCCAUAUGUACAUUCUAACGAUGAGAUUGGACUUUUGGACAUGGAAUUGGAGCUCUGCUGCUCAUGGAAGUGCACAAGUGAUAGCGAUUACCAGAUGUUAGGUCGACGGGACAGAGCACAACCUAUCCCAUGGUGAUAGGCUAGAAUUUGAUGUAAAUCUUAGCACAAGUAACAUAAUUUUUACAAUACAAUAGAAAUAGAGUAGUAUUUAACAAAGAGUUCACAAUGGCCAUUUGGGCGACCUACUCUCUGAACGCCGAAGUUGUGAAUGAACUUACUUCCGCUUCACACUUCCACGGAGUCCCGAAGAUGUAGACCAUGCGUUCCACUCUGCACCAGUUGAAUAGUGUAAAAUAUUGUUCACCUGAUCCUAAAA